AUGAAGACUCCGAGCUGGGUACACAAGAGACUGUCGAGUCGCCCGUUAAUGACACGGAUUCCAUUCCGAAUGGAGGGACGAAAGCAUGGAUCCAAGUUAUUGGAUCCUUUUUCAUCUUCUUCAACACAUGGUGAGUAUCAUAAUUGCACGGGAAUCAUCAACACGUUUGGCGCUUACCAGACAUACUACGAGUCCGGCGAGCUGUUCACCGCAUCAUCCUCCAGCAUAUCCUGGAUAGGCGCCAUCCAGUCCUCGUUCUUGCUGCUUCUCGGCAUAAUCACUGGUCCACUCUACGAUGCGGGCUACUUCCACACCCUUGUCUACGGCGGCAUUCUCCUGUUGAACAUUGGACAGAUGAUGCUGAGUCUCUGCACCAAGUACUACCAAGCGCUGCUCGCUCAAGGCUUCUGUAUCGGUAUCGGGGCUGGGACCGCGUACAUCCCCGGUGUCGCCAUCUUGUCGGGCUACUUUACCACCAAUCUGGCCAUUGCCAACGACAUGAACAGGACUGACUUCGCAGGCGGCAUCCUGUACCCCAUCAUAUUCCACAGACUGCUGGAUCGCAUCGGCUUCGCGUGGACCGUUCGCGCGCUGGGCUUUGUCAUGUUCGCCACGUCCGCGAUUCCGCUAAUCAUCUUCCGGCCGCGGCCCAAGCCUCCAACAAAGCGAAAGUUGGUGGACCUGUCGGCGUUCAAAGAGCCCGCCUACACGUCGUUCGUCAUCGGCGCAGCCAUGACGGCCAUUACCAUCAACAUUCCGUUCUACUACAUCCAGUACUACGCAAUCAGCAACAGCAUCGCCUCCCGCGAGCUGGGCUUUUAUCUCCUCUCCGUUAUGCUCACAGGCUCGUUCUUCGGGCGCGUGCUGCCGAACCUGCUCGCCAACAGGAUCGGCCCGUUCAACAUCAUCUUCAUCUGCACCGUCAUGUCCGGGUGCCUGUGCCUGGCGUUUGUCAACAACUUUAGCCUCGCGGGCGUGACGGUUGCGGCGACGCUGUUUGGCUUCUUCUCGGGGGCGUACGUCUCGCUGCCGCCGACAUGCUACGUGCGGCUGUCGCCCACGCGCAGCGUCGUGGGGACGCGGAUGGGCAUGGGGUUUGCCAUUGCCAUGAUUGGCAACUUGCUCGGGCCUCCGUUGGCGGGCCUUAUUCUGAGAGAGAAGGGAUGGAAUUCGAUGUGGAUCUUUGCGGGGGCGUCGUCGAUGGUUGGGGCGUGUGGGAUGAUGGCGAGUCGGAAUAUUCAGGGGCAGUGGAAGCUGCUCGCCAAGUUAUAG